GACUGACUGACUCCACGGCCUCGCUCGCAGCGCAGUGCAAAGGAGGAACUGUGUCUAUUUUUUUAAUAGCAAAAGCCCUAUCAAUACUAAAUUCUACGCAUGCUGUUCUAUUUUAACCAAACCAGCCCGUGAACCAGUCUUUUUACCCCUCCCACGCCCUCCGAACAGCCAUGGGCAAACUCAACCUCACAGCACUUCGGGUGCGGCAGACGGCCAUCAACCAAGCAGCAGCCGGCAAGAUCAAGAAAAUCCCGCAAUGGGUUGAUGUAGUGGGCGAUAUCCCUCCAGCGCAGGUUCUCGUGCGGAAUCAACCACAACAACACCAGCUCUUCCGGCAGCGAAUCAAAACGGAUCGUGAAACUCUCGAGCCAAAAGUUGUCUUUCAAACCCAGGAAAAGAGAGUGAAACCGAAGAAGGCUAGUCGCCUGUUCCAACCAGUUGAGAUCAAAUUUGAAGAAGACCAGCUGCGAAAGGAGUUUUACCGGGACCACCCUUGGGAACUUGCGAGACCCCGCAUCCUUGUUGAAACUUCCGGCAAAGACUUUGAGAAACACAAUUGGGGACGACUCCAGCAGCCAGGGAAGAAAUUGGAUGGUGAAAGUGUGGUCCAACGUCAACUCUGGCUUCUGAAUAACACGCCCGAUAUAACAAAGACCGAAGCUUAUGACAUUGCCCGCCGUGAAUUCUACCAACUCCGCCUGCAAGAAGACAUCGAACGACGGGUUGCUGCGGAAGAGGCCGAAGCAACCGGCGCUGAAUUCGGACCUAAUAUGCUUUCUUUGGGUAUGGAAUUGGAGGACAAGGAAUUCGAGCGCUGGAAGGAGUGGGCCCAGAUGGAAGCUCAGCUCUUGAACCAGAAAGCAGCGUCCUUUAGCGGUGCUCCGGAGAGUGCGGAGAGCGAGGAUGCGUCUGUUUUAGACAAAGGCGUGGAAGAGGGAGCUGCAGUGACCGCAGAGCCUACAACUCGGCGUAGUCUUCUUUGAGGCGUUAAUAGUACUUGUUUUAUAUGGGUUGGUUAUGUCCUGGGAGUCGGAUACCAGACGCACUGUGGCACAUGUAUACUAUUAAAUUUUUCUUUUUUUUUUUUUUUUUUUUU